AUUCAUUCAUUCAGGAAUGAAACUUUCAGCCCUUACCCAAUAAGUGUCAUUCUCCAAUUUAAAUGCAGUAUAGACUGACAGCUCUCCAAAUACCUUUUAAUUCUUUUAUCGUCAUUUCAAAGCCCAGUUCUCUUAUUUUAAGAACGAUGUGAUAUGACUGGGUAGAGAAGAAAAAAGGAAAGCAUGUUGUCACUUGAGUUAGACUGCUUUAGAAAUGUUACCGAGUUAGCGUUGGGUGUUUCCUGUCCUUUGGAAGAGAACAGGCCUAAACAGUACCUUCCUCCUAUGUAGCUACCAGGAAGGCACUAUGGUUGAAAUUAGAGAUGCUCCUUUGCUUGAUUUUUAAGUAUAAAUUAAAUUACCUUUAAAAAAUACUUAAGGAUGGCCAUGAAAAAAAUGCUGUGUUUUUAAAGGACUUAUUUCACACAACCUUUGUUUCUUGAACGAAAUGUGAACUACCUAUACAGAAAAUAAAGUUGGAAAGUCAGUGGGAGAAACAACUGUAGAAUCAAAGGCUUCCGUUUAAAUUCAAACCUCGUUGUUGGAUUUUGUGCAUGUUAUUUCUUGAAGUUUCAGUUUCUUAUAUGGGAGAAAUGGCAUUUACCUCAGAAUUACUCUGAAGAUCAAAUGGGAUUGCUUUAAAGCAUUUAGCACAGUGUCUGGACCCAUGGUAGAUGCUUAAUAAAUGGCAGCUAUAUCAAUAAUAAUAAUUUUAUUGAAUGAACCCUUUGCCAGUCUACAAAAAAACGAUAUGGGGAGGAUAAGGAAGGGUGAUAAAAUUAACUGAUUCUAAGUGUGUAUGAGAUAGAUUACAUUAGGCAGGGGUGCCACGAGGAUUAUUAUGAUAGUGACCUUGUUGCUAAGUGCAAAAGCAAAACAAUGACAUAAAAACAAGCGUGCUAAGUACUGAGUGGAGGAGAGACAUGGAGGCAGACGCUGCAGGGGGAAAAAAAGACUGAUUAAAAAGGGCCCUUUGAUUCCACAGGCACAAAAAUUCCACAGCCAGGAAUUUGCUACCACCUCUGAGUCAGGCCCGUGUGGGGGUGGGGUGCACAAUCCCAUUAAUAGAGAAUGCCUAGUGGGUUUAGUCUGUGAGAGUCACAUUUCUUAUUUGGACCAGUGUAGACGGAAGUAAACCCAGCUCACUUGUUUCCUGGGACAGUUGAGUUAGGGGAUGGCUUUUGCAGAGCAUUCACCACUGACCCCUCACCGUCGGGACCUCUGUAGCCGCUCUAUCUGGCUAGCAAGGAAGAUACGUUCAGACCUGACUGCUCUUACGGAAUCUUAUGUGAAGCAUCAGGGCCUGAACAAGAACAUCAACCUGGACUCUGUGGAUGGGGUGCCAAUGGCAAGCACUGAUCAUUGGAGUGAGCUGACCGAGGCAGAGCGACUCCAAGAGAAUCUUCAAGCUUAUCGUGCCUUCCACGUUUUGUUGGCCAGGCUUUUAGAAGACCAGCAGGUGCAUUUUACCCCAACUGAAAGUGACUUCCAUCAAGCUAUACAUACCCUUCUUCUCCAAGUUGCUGCCUUUGCUUACCAGAUAGAGGAGUUAAUGGUACUCCUGGAAUACAAGAUUCCCCCCAGUGAGGCUGAUGGGAUGCCUAUUGGUGUUGGAGGUGGUGGUCUCUUUGAGAAGAAGCUGUGGGGCCUAAAGGUGCUGCAAGAGCUUUCACAGUGGACAGUGAGGUCUAUCCAUGACCUUCGUGUCAUUUCUUCUCAUCAGACUGAGAUCCCAGCACAUGAGAGCCAUUAUAUUGCUAAGGAGAAGAAAAUGUAGCAGUUGGUCCCUUCUCUCUUCCUUGCUUUCUUUUCUAAUGGAAUAUACAUAGUUCCCUGGGGCCUCACUUUCCCAUCUCAAAUUUCUGAAAAUGAUUAAGACUACAGGCAUUUUUUUUUUCUUCAUUUUUCCCUGACCACCUGUAGCCUGUUGAAGGACUGCAGGCAUUUUCAUUAAGUAGGGUUGGAGACAUGCACAAAUGUGCAUACAAGGUUAGUCUGGGGCGGGUGUGUGUACGUGCUGUAGGUGUAAGAGGGUGGGAGCAGGGAUAACGUCCUUCCACUUCAGGGUUCUAACCUUUCUAACACUAAGUAACCUCUACAGACAUUUAACAGCGUUACAGACAGAAUAUACAUAUGUUAAUUCUAGUCCUGGAUGGCUCGUCUGAGAAGACUCAAUUUAAAAUCAGACACUUUAGCCACUUUAAAUGCUUAAAUAAUAAAAAUAAUAGCUAACUUUUAUCUACUAUAUUGAGGCAAUAUGCCAAGGGUCUUUAUUAUGUACAGCUUUUUCAACCUUGUGAACAAGGUGGUGGUACUCCCAUUUGGAAGAUGAGAAAACAGGCUCACAGAGAUUUGGUUAAGCUCACCCAGCUAACGAGUGACGCACUGUUUGAACACAGAUCAUUCUCCUUGUAAAGCCUGUGUGCCUUUCACUUUAGAGGCUUGAUUAUGAAUCACUGCACCUCUUUGUCACAGGAUGUUGGAAGAUGCAUCCAUGUAAUCUAUUCCCAUUGCUGGAAAACAGCUGCCAUUACAUGUCCUCAGAAGUCAGUUGUAAAUUUUAGCAUUAAAGUCAGGAUUUGUUGUUCAUACUUGGCAGCAAAGAGGGCAGCUGGAGAUCUUAAGAUUCCACUUUGGAAAAUGAUUAGGCCCAUCAAACUUCUGAACCUUGGAAGCUGGGGCUGUUUCGUAAUACAGCCUGGUUUUAAAGUGCCCACUAGUGUUCUUGAAUAUUGGGUUAGGCACGGCUUACACCAGGUUACCUCACUUUUACUAUAAUUAGUAAGCAGGCAGUGUAACCCAGGCAUUUAUGGACAUUGAGUGGAAUCCUACUCAAGUCACCGAAUUUCCACCUCAAAUUUUCUGGACUUAGUCAUGAGGAGAGGGUGAGGCCAGCACUGUUUCUACUGGAGAUGCCAGAGACUCUGAAACUAUACAGCAAAGCCUCUGUGCUGCACAACAAAGAAUCAGGCUUUGCUUUUAAUUUCUUGUAAGAACCACACAUAGUGUGAAAGGUUGUUAAAUGUGGCUGUGUACCUGGUGAUAUAAUGUGAAUCCAAACAUUUUCAAGUGUGUCAUUUAUUUUAUACUUAUCAAUUAAAACUCAAGAUCAUGGAUUGGGGGCCCAAGUUAGUUUAAUUAAUUGAGGCUUCUGUUUUCUUAAAUGAGCCAUGAGUCAGGGCUAGCUCCCUAGGUUUCAUGAAGUGAGGAUGGGUAACUUGGUUUGUAUCCUUACAUAGUGUGUGUAUAAACUCCACGAAGUAACUAUUACCAGAGUACUCUGGGCUAGGCAUUGUAAUAGUUCAGGGAAAGUGAGGCCCUGCUUUGUAGUAUGCCUUUUGGAAAUACAAUUGUGUGUGUGUGUACAUACACAUACACUGUUACUGUAAUCAGUGAUGCAGACAAUGUAACCCUAGCAUUUGUGGACAGUGAGUGGAAUACUACUCAAGUUAAAAAGUCACAGAACUCCUUCACCUCACAUUCUCUGGAGUUAGUCGUGAGGAGAGGGUGAGGCCCACUCUUCUCACUGGAGAUGCCAGAGAUUCUGUGCAUGCACACACACACACAGACUUGUAAGUCCCAGGUUUGUUAGGAAGUUAAAGGAAGAAAAUUAACGGGGGCCCAAAGCAGUUUCCUGGAGGAGGUAGGAAUUAUGUCUCAAUACAAAACUACAAAAUACUCUGUACUGCUUGGGUACAAAGUAAAAGUCAUGAGACAGAGGAAGAGUUGGUCAUUUGUAAUUUGGGUACAGGUAUAUAGUUCCCCACUCAAUGUAUAGUCUUAUUCCAUUCAAGCUUUGUCUUAAUCAUUUCUUCUGCUUAACAGCAGCAUUCUCUAAUAAAGUUUCUGCUUAUUAAUGUGCAGCUCUUAGAGCUAUCUGGAAUACUUUUGUUCAAUGGAGAAAUAUGUCUAAAACUUCAUAAUGGGAAAUAACUGAUUAUGAACUUGCAGGAUCUAAAAUCAUCAAUUAUGCAGGUAAAAAUAUGUUUUGAAAGUUUUAAAAUAAAAAAUAAAAAGAUGUUGUCCCCAUACUCCCUCCACCAAAAAAAAGUUUUUGAAAAAGAAGUGUCCCAUCUCCAAGUGUUUUAUGUUCAGCAGGUAUACUAGCAGACAUCUGCAGAUAUUUUAGAACUCAGUGGAGCUUGGCUUAAGCUCUCAUGAGUAGCAGAUGAAGGAAUAUGUAUGUGUAAGAGGUGGAUUUGAAGUGGCAGAGGGUCCAGAAAAGGCGCAAGUACUGACCAUUGGAUGGGAGGAGAUAGAAAAAAUGUGUAAGUCACAAUUAAGUCACACAAUCACCAAGUCUUUACCAAGUGCAUUCUCAGCACUUUGCAAAAACAUCUGUGUAUUUGUCUUUGAAGAAGCAUACAAUAUGCACCCGAAAGAAGUGUGGGGAAAGCUCUUAAAGGGGAGACAGGCAGUGGACCAUGCAACAAAAAUCAGCAUAUAUGAGAUCUGAAUGUGUAGACAUUGCAUUAUGUUUCCUUGAAAUGGAUAAAUCAAAUAGAAUAAGGGACUUACAGUGGAUUAUUAUUCUAGGUGUGUGUCUAGUAGUACAGAAGAGGAUAAUGAUGACACUAUGGAAUUAUGUUUUUUUUAAGGGUACAGAACCCCAAGAAGAUUUUGUUCAUUAGGUUUUAUUCUCUUGGUUCUUAGAUCUGAUAGAGGUAAGAUCUCUGGGAAGUCUUGUAUGGUAAAACUAUAUAUAUUGAGUUAUAGUUUAAGGUACAUAGAUUUAGUUUCUAGCCUUAACUCAUUUUGUAGAAACAAUUUCUUCCCUGUAUUUUCAGAGAGGGCCUUCUGAAAAGUCCUCUCUGUGGGUAGAGAGAUUCCGUUUUCCUGAGUCAAGGAAUUGCACGGAUGAGAACUGAUAAAUUUUUCUUGCAUUCAUGUAAGAGAGUGAUUUGGAAAAGGCUUGCAAAUUAGCACAACUUGAAGACCAAGCAUAGAAUAAAAUUAGCAUUAAGUUAAUCAGGUUUAAGUGAUGUGAGAGUUUUAAUACAAAUGGAAAGUAUAAAGUCAUAGCUCUGGUAUUGCUGUUAUUUCAGGCUGCUGUGGACUAAUGCCCAAAGGAUGACUCAUUGUUGUGAUCACUUGUCAGACAGGGAGAGGACUAGUAAAUAUUUCAGGAAUACAUAUCUAAAAAGUUAUUUAGAUUGAAUUUUGUUUGUGAAACCUCAGCUCUUCAUGAGAUACCUGAGCAUCUCUGUUAAGGGGUGAAAUAGAGACACAGGAAGCAGAAAGACCUCCACCAGGAUGUAAAGGGGAUUGGUAAAGAGGAAAGGAGGGGAGAAGUAGCAUUUGGAUUUCACUUCAGUUGAUUUCUCUGUCUUUCGAGGCGUGUGUGUGUGUAUGUGUGAUACUAAUGUCGUGUUUAGGUCAGGACAUUCCUUAAAAAGAAUGUUUUGGCCUCCUGCCUCAUCCCACUUCCACUGUAAGCAUCAGACCCACCCAAGAAUGAGCUCUCUGAAUGUGGGUGCAUUCAAAAAGCGAAGAGUGAUAAAAACUUUAUUUCAUGGCUUCCGUUGAGCUCUGACGACCACAGAUAAAGACAGAAUAAGAUAAUUUGAUAGUUUGAUGAAAUGUCUGGGUGUGAGAUAAAAUCCAUGUGCUUAUGAUUUUUAACAUAGAAGAUAUUGUUUGUAUCAAUCUGGUUUCAACACAUAGAAAACAAAAGAUGCAAGAAUAGCUAAUAAUAAAGUUCUUUUCUCAGCAA